GCUGCCCGCCGCCUGGGCUACUAAGUGGCUGCCAGGGUGCUGGUCUCCGCUGCCGCUCCUCGGCUGCUCUGUCCGCGGGUCCGUGGUGCAUGGGUCGGCGAGGCGGGCCCUCAUGUGCUCGGGCCAUGGCGCGCCUGGGCGCUGUGCGCUCCCACUACUGCGCGCUGCUGCUGGCCGCGGCGCUGGCCGUCUGUGCUUUCUACUACCUCGGCUCGGGCCGGGAGACCUUCUCCAGCGCCACCAAGAGGCUGAAGGAGGCCCGCGCCGGGGUCCCCGCCGUGCCCUCGCCGCCAGUGCCAGAGGUGGCGCGGGGUUCCGUGGCGCCGGCCCCGGGCGCAAAGGCCAAGAGCCUGGAGGGCGGCGGGCCCGGGCCGGUGGACUACCACCUGCUGAUGAUGUUCACCAAGGCGGAACACAACGCCGCGCUGCAGGCCAAGGCCCGCGUCGCGCUCAGCUCCCUGCUGCGCCUCGCUAAGUUCGAGGCGCACGAGGUGCUUAACCUGCACUUCGUGAGCGAGGAGGCCAGCCGCGAGGUGGCCAAGGCCCUGCUGCGAGAGCUUUUGCCGCCAGCCGCCGGCUUCAAGUGCAAGGUUGUCUUCCAUGAUGUUGGCGUGCUGACGGACAAGCUCUUCCCGGUGGUGGAGGCCAUGCAGAAGCACUUCAGUGCUGGCUCAGGGACCUACUACAGCGACUCCAUCUUCUUCCUCUCGGUCGCCAUGCAUCAGAUUAUGCCGAAAGAGAUCCUGCGGAUAAUUCAGCUGGACCUAGACCUGAAGUAUAAGACCAACAUCCGGGAAUUGUUUGAGGAGUUUGACAGUUUCCUGCCGGACGCCAUCAUUGGCAUAGCGAGAGAGAUGCAGCCAGUGUACCGGCACACAUUCUGGCAGUUCCGCCACGAGAACCCCAAGACGCGGGUUGGGAACCCUCCCCCCGAGGGGCUGCCCGGCUUCAACAGCGGAGUGAUGCUGCUGAACCUGGAGGCCAUGCGCCAGUCGGCCCUCUACAGCCGCCUGCUGGAGCCGGCCCAUGUGCAGCGGCUGGCCGACAAGUACCGCUUCCGCGGCCACCUCGGGGACCAGGACUUCUUCACCAUGAUCGGCAUGGAGCACCCCGAGCUCUUCCACGUGCUGGACUGCACCUGGAACCGGCAGCUUUGCACCUGGUGGAGGGACCACGGCUACAGUGACGUCUUUGAGGCUUACUUCCGGUGUGAGGGCCACGUCAAGAUCUACCAUGGGAACUGCAACACCCCCAUCCCGGACGCCUAGGUCCAUCCCCGUCUGCCGUGCCCUUGGGUGUCCGGGGGAGCCCAAGGGGCACCCCUGUUACCGGCCCCAGGCUGGCGUCCGAACCUCCGUGGGGAUGUGCUCCCGGACGAGGUGCUGCCGCUGUCCCGCCCAGGGAGGACUGGCCUAUGCGUUGCUGGUGCUCGGGGCCGUUUCUCUGCGGGGGGCCGGGCAUGGUGGAGGGCCAACACACAGACAUCUUCCAGGGGGCUCGGACACAGGCGCCUAAAGAGAAGAAAGGAAAGACAAUGGCCCUUCGUGCCCUUAGCCCCCAAACAAUGGAAGUCCUUUCAAGUACCGGCAUUUCUUAGACCAAAUACAAAUUUAUUUUAAAUUGACAAGCUUCCCUUUUGCCAGAAGGAACAAACAGUACUGCUAGGGCUCCCAGGGAGCGCCGAACGAGCGAGCCAGGGUUUUCACAGCCAGCGCCAAGUUGAAGCAUCCAGUGAAUGCCCACCUUCCGCACGUGCACCGUAGGAGGCUGUGUGCUUGUUCCCACCACGCCCACAUUGCCCGGUCGGGGUGUGAAGGUCACCACCCGCUCGGGGAGGGCCUGCAGGGCCAGCCGCGGCCCACCUGAGAAACCCGGCCUCAUUACUGUAGCUUCCCCAGCUUCCCGCUCCCAGCCGCAUCCCAGAACCUCAUUAUCCCUCCUUCAUCCCAGCCGGCUUCAGGUGACCAGACGGUGCUCGGAAGUCAGAUCCUCCAUCAAAGAACAGAGCUCGGCCACCCCCAGGGACAGGAGAUAGAGUCGUCUGGAUGGAGAAGAUGCAUUCCAAAGAGGAGCCCCUCAGUUUCUGCACAUAACCGGGUGGCUCCGAAGGGGGGUCGCUCAUAGACUGAUAGGCAUUCAGUCUCUGUUUAAAACAUCAUCCUGUGAUUUUUCUUACUGCAUCCUAUUAGACCCUGUUCCUUCUAAGAAAUUAGGUUCUUCUCUGAAUGAGUUCCCUUGUAAGAUGCAGACACGAAGCCCCUGACGGUGCAUUUUGUCUAGUUCAGCAGAGGUCCUCGGGGAAGAACUGUGGUUGGAUUUUCAUCUCCUUUGAUUUCCAUUUCAUUCACUUUCUUAUUUCUCUUCACCAUGAGUGAGAAUAGCUAAUAAACAAGCUUUGAGAACACAAUGAUUAUGUUGUUUCUUCUCUGAUCACAGUUUACGGCUACCUGGAGGUUCUGAAUCAAGAGUGCAGUCAGUGUUAUUCAGAGCCCCCCCCCCCGCAAACGUCCACAUGACGGAGCUUAGCGUGCUCCCUGGCCAUGGGGACGGGGAGGGCAGCCGGGUCGUAUCGGGGUCACUAGAGAAUCAUCUCCUGGAAGCAAGAACAGCCCCUUCCCUCCUUACUCCAAACUGUCCGGUUACAUCAUCCCCUGACCAAACGGAGCACGUCUCUCUCCUGCCUCUGCUCCGGCAGAAUUGGUCUGUUCUCCUAGGUACUUGAUUUCCUAUUUAUAGCUGCUAGUUGCUGAACACCUGCUGUGCACCGAGCAUUGUAUUGGGGGAUUUAUGCACAACUGAUAAUGCUCACGAAAACCUCAUGAAGGUGAUUCCAAUUUUCAAGUUUAUUGUAAGAAAAUAACUAGAGAUGUGGAUAGAGAGUCAUUAUCACACCAGUUGUUUUAAAUAGAAAACAACUGGGAUCAACUUAAAAUGUUGACUAGGGGAGUGGAUAAAUUAUGUUACAUCCAUAUAAUAAAAUAGUUUAGGCAUUAAAAUCGUAUUUUUCAAGAAUAUUUAAUGCCUUGGGAAAUGCUUACAAUGUGCUGUUAAGUAAAGAAGGCAAAAUAUAACAUUAUAUGUACAGUAUGAUCCUCACUUUAUUUUUGUAAAAUUACAUAUUUGUGUGUAUGCGUAUAUGUAAAAAGAGAGCCUGUUCCACUGUAUUUAAUUAGUUCAAAUCCUAAAAAACCAUAUGUUUCAAACACCACACUAAAAACAAUUUUUUUUCAAUGUGAAAAAGUGGGUAAAAUGCUAGAGAAUUUUAGACUCAUAAUAACAAAGGUAUUUUUCCGACAUUAAUUUCUAUAAUUCAAGGGUUUCUGUAGCUACGAGAGUCCUUUGUUAGUGCAAAGAAAGAACAAUGAACUUGUUGAUCAAAAUGGGCAAAAGCCAAACCACAUCUCCUCCUUUACCGUUGAGAUCACCUCCUCAGGAGCUUCCCCGCCUCUGUCACCAGUCGCCUUGGUGAACAGCAAGAUGACACUCAACAGGAAAUCCAGCCGGCCCAGCAAAGCCAAUGGGUACAACUCCUGGACAGCUCUUAGACGGCUGGUUCCUCAUUGGAAUCCUGUUAUAAUCGAUGCAGUGCAAACAUGACUAAUUGUGCUGUGUUUCCUUUGCCUCAUGAAAACUUUCACUGCAUUGCAUAAGCCUAUAGGAAUGAGUGGAACAGAAGUCGGAAAAGAACAUUUCUAGGUACUAGGAAGGAUUAAGGUGCUUUCUAUCUUCAUAUGUAUUUAUUUUGAUAUUUCUGAAUAUUAAUUACUUUUGUAAUCAUAAAUGCUAUAAAAUUGUAGCCACCGCCAUCUGCCUCUCCCCUCCAACCCCCCCCACCCCCCCAGUUACAGGCAAGUAUCGUCCUGGCUACUCUACAGCUCAUGUUGACCACGGUUACCAUCACCUGUAAGAAAACAUAAUCUCGGCUGAGUAGGCUCUGGGUUUUCAACUUUCCCUAUGGAUGCCCUAGUUCUCUGAAUAAAAGUGACCUAAUAAUAGCA